CAACUGUUUUGGGUGGCGGCAAGGGAAGGCGUUUCAGCUUAGGGAAGGCCUGCGCCUCGGCCGGCUGUGUUUCCAGCCCUGAUGGAAGCUGUGGUGCGCGGCGGUGCGCCCUCGUUGUGGCACAGUAGAGCGCGUGGUCUUGUGAUCGUAGUGUGUUAGCUAGCUAACUGCUGUUCUGGUUUCACAAGGAUUGGUAGUGGCGUUACGUACAAAAGGCAGUAUUUUUAAGGGCUCCCGAGCGAAACAGAUAAGCACAAAACUGGAGGUGUACGUAUAGCCAGGAAAAGGGACCUGGCAGGGAAUUAAAAAAAGUCCCUUCACGCUUGGAGGAGGAGGUCUGCUUUGUUAUUAAUUGAGAUCAUUUAGUCCAUUCACAGUAAUUUAAUCAGCUAAUAUUUUUAAUAAAAAGGAAAAAAUGAUGUCAAGACAGGCCUUUCUCUGCAGUUUGGGAUCUCUGUAUUUGUCCCUUCUGUUUGUAUUUCUUCUAAUGGAUGUUUAUGCAAGGCCUGCAAAUAAUUCAGCUCUCAAAGAAAAGCCAGCUGAUAGUAAAGAUGAGAAUGAGAUCUUGCCCCCAGAUCACUUGAAUGGGGUCAAAAUGGAGAUGGAUGGACAUCUUAAUAAAGAAUUUCAUCAAGAAGUUUUUCUAGGAAAAGAGAUGGAAGAGUUUGAGGAAGAUUCAGAACCCAGAAAAAACAGGAAGAAGCUCAUGGUCAUCUUUUCAAAGGUGGAUAUAAAUAAUGAUAAAAAGAUAGGUGCAAAAGAGAUGCAGCGCUGGAUCAUGGAAAAGACAGAUGAACAUUUCCAGGAAGCUGUGGAAGAGAAUAAAAUGCACUUCCGAGCUGUGGACCCUGAUGGCGAUGGCCAUGUGUCCUGGGAUGAAUAUAAAAUUAAAUUUUUGGCAAGUAAGGGCUUUAAUGAAAAAGAGAUUGCAGAGAAGAUCAGAAACAACGAAGAGUUGAAAAUAGAUGAAGAAACACAGGAAGUUUUAGAUAACCUGAAGGAUCGGUGGUACCAAGCUGACAACCCACCUCCUGAUCUGUUGUUGAAUGAAGAAGAAUUCUUGUCUUUUCUUCAUCCAGAGCAUAGUAGGGGAAUGCUGAAGUUCAUGGUGAAAGAAAUCAUCCGAGAUUUGGAUCAAGAUGGAGAUAAGAAACUUACCCUUUCAGAGUUCAUUUCAUUACCUGUUGGUACUGUAGAGAACCAGCAAGCUCAAGAUAUUGAUGAUGACUGGGUAAAAGACAGAAGGAAGGAAUUUGAGGAGGUCAUUGAUGCUAACCAUGAUGGUAUUGUCACAAUGGAAGAGCUGGAGGAAUACAUGGAUCCUAUGAAUGAAUACAAUGCCCUAAAUGAAGCAAGGCAAAUGAUAGCAGUAGCAGAUGAAAAUCAAAACCAUCACUUAGAGCUGGAGGAGAUCCUGAAAUAUAGUGAAUACUUCACAGGCAGCAAGCUUAUGGACUAUGCACGUAACGUCCAUGAGGAGUUCUGAUCCUGCUCGCUUUUCCAGAGCUCUGAAGCACUUUCUUGCUUUCAAAAAGAAAAAAGAAAAAAAGGAAAAAGUCCAACCCCCAAACAGACAAGUUACUUUGCUGCUAUCUGUGUUACAUGCCUACAGUGUGUUGUCCUAGACUUAAAAAAACCUUCCGUCCAUACAUAAGAUCUACAGCUCUGUUGCCUUCUGUAUGAGGGGGAAAAUAAUGGGGCAGGUAUUGGACUACAUCUGUUCGCCCUGGUUGGUACGGUUAAUCCAGCUGAAGUUUCAGCUGCUUUUGUCUAAUCAUAUUUGGUGGAGGCUUCUUAAAUAUUUAACUCUUCUUGUUGCCCUCAUAGCUGCUGAUCCAUGGAAAUCACAAAUAACACUGAAAGAUGUUGGCUUUUGUGUAGGGGAUUGUGGUUCAAAUACGUGUGUUCUGACCUCAUGAGAAUUUCCAUACAUAGACUGAUGGGCUAAUCUUCCAGUAUUUUUCUCAAUGCUUCUCAACCUACUUACGUAUUGUUGAGAAUUUAAUACAAGUUCUCCCUCCAUUGCUGAACUACCUUUAGGAGCUGUGGGGAAGAACUUAUUUUAAAUGUUAGAGAAACUCUUCUGCAUCUGCUUUAAAAAGAAUACUGGUUAUAGCGUGACAAGCUUUGCGUUUGCAACUGCACUGGUAAUGUGAGAGACUUAAGAUUGCUUAUGUCUUCAAAAAAUCAAAUUUCAUGGGGAAGGUUUCUUUGUGGACUUAAAGAUUUUGGACAGAGCAAUGGGAUUCACCUAGGUGUGUGAUUACUGCUUAACUAAAACUCAUUGUUAAAACUAGUGUAAUUACUUGCCUCUGCAAAUUAAUGAUGCUGAUGAACUCAUGAAUGGUGAAGCUGGGGGAAAUACAGGCUUUGCUUUUGAACUGCUUUUGCCAGAGCAAUGUGCAGUCAGCACUUGAGAAGCUUUUUAAUCAGUCUGGUUUUGGGUAAUCUCUGAAAGCGUCUUGCAACGCAAGGGUCAUAUCCACUACUGUCUAAAAUAGAAAAUUUAUUUUUACUCUGGUUCCAUCUUUACAGUAAAAACCCCUCUUUCUGAAGGGUUGCCUGAAAAUCCAAGUGAGAUGUUAUAUUUGAUUAAAUUUAUUCUCUUAAUAUAAUGUAAAUAUAAGUAUUGUUGUCUGUUUCUGUCUCAGUAUUCCCUUUCUCUUCUUUUUUUUUUUAUUGUUUUUGUUAAAUGGCUUGUAUCAGAGUCUUUUUAUAUACAUAUAUCUUUUCUCAUUAAAUAUUUUUCUCCAUGCUUUGGAAAUGUUGCUGUUCUUAGGUUUGUCAGUAAGUGGGAAAAAUUGAAGUUCUUCAGAGGACAGACAAAUUAAAAUAUGAUUUUGAAAGAAUGGUAAGAGAGGGAUAAAUCCAGUUGAUAAUCUCGUGUUAAAAUGAGCUUAGAAUGUCUGCCACUUUAGUCAGCCUCCACUCCUUUCCACCUCUGUACCAAUGCCCCACAUGUACAUGGUUGCAGGGUGGUGAGAUUUUAAUAUGGCUAGAAUCUGGAGAUGUUCAAAACAAAAUUCCAUGUCUAUAAAAAUGGGGUGCUUAGCAGAAGUCAUAGGUAUGGCUGGUUUAGAUUGAUUGGCAAAAGGUCUAGGUUUUGCUUUGCUGUUGUUUUAACUAAGGCUUCAUAAAUAUGCAAUGACCUGCGCUUUAAACUAACACAAAAUUAUACAUGUAAACAUACAGUUUUGCAAUGUGGUUGUUUGCAAUCUAGUUAAGACAAAAGUUUUAGCAAUAUUAGUUGAUAAUUGUGUAAAUAUCCAGCCUGCAUUUUUGUAUUAUGCUCUAGUUGUUUGCACAAUUCAAUUAUUUAGAUACAAUUUGAGUGGACAAGUUCUGUCUUGUCACACCUGAUGCUAAGAAGGCAAGUGCUAGUUUGCAGAGGAAUUCUUGAGCAGCUGAAAUACGAUGAUGUAAUUUGGAACUUUGUCUGUCAGUAGAGGCAAAAAUUAUGCAUAUGCAGUCUUAGUUUAAUCUUCUGAUAAUGUGAGCAUGGAAUCCCUUGAAAAAUACAAGGUAACACAGUAUUUAGCUAGCAACUGCAAAAAUGUUAAAAUAUGUAGUGUUGUUGUGAUAUUUGCCACAUGCCUGAUAAAUCUGAAACUUGAGGAACAACUGUGAAAAAUUCGUUUUUAAUGUGUGCAUGGAGUUCUGCACCUUAAUGUGUUUUGUUUUUCUCUGCCAGAAAUCAGGAUCACAUGUUAACUAACAGCUGUAAGGAUUAAGUGGACUGCAUGGUGAGAUUUGGAGGUACAUGAGAUUAUUCCUGUCUUGGAAUUUUGGAAGUUCAAACUAUUCUAGUUUGUCCGUAGACUUACUUAUUUUUUAAAAUUCUUUAAGUAUUUUAUAUGCACUCAGUCUUUCUCAGAUUCUUGUAGGUCCUUUCCCAUAGGUGAACCCUUACUUGCCUGUAAUCCCUAAGGAAUCUAGUGACUUCUUUAAAGCCUUUCAUUAAGCACUAGUUAGGAGUUCUGUGUUCAGUUUUGGGUUGUUUUUUUUUCAUGUACACAGGCAAUCUGCCUACAGUUAAUAGGACUUGGUAUCUGAGUGCUACUGUCUCAUGAACAUGUUUCAUCUUUCCAGAUUUCAAAAGCUUGUAUAGAAUACCUAGGAUAAGCACUUAUAGUAAAAAAUGAUACAUGUGUAUUAAAUAAAAGCAGAACAGGUUCUUAUUUCUGACCCAUAACAUGGCUCAACUCACCACUCUGAAGCUUUCUUCUCCUAUUAGAACCAGAGUAGCUGCCUCCAGGCUGUUUUUUGGGAGCAGCCUGUGACAUAUGAUCCCCAUGGCAAUGCCAAGCAGCAUUUGGGAGAGGUUAAUUUGCAUGGGUGAAAAUCCAGCCGAAAAGUGUGCUAGUUGUGAAAUGCUAUGGGGUAAUCACUGUGUUCUCUCCGUUUUAUUUACUUGCAUAAUAUGGCCAUAUAAAGGAAUCUGGCAAUAUCAAGCCUGGUAACACUUAAGGAUGCCAUACAUAAAAGUUGAAUUCUCAAGAUGGUAUGUGGGUAACUGCUUUUAUUAAAUGAGCAUUUAAUUUGUAUUAAAGUAUCCUUAUCAAGAAUAUCAAUGCUUCAUCAUGUCUGCUCUAGUAUUUUGGGAUUUUUCCAUUUAAAUGUAUAUAGCAGAAUUUUAACCUUAUCUUGUUUGUGAACAUCAUAGGAGUUGGCAUUUUCAGUUUCUUACUGAAUAAUAAUUGACUUACUGAAUAGGUAAAGUCUGCUACUGUUUGUGAAGGAGAAUUGGGGAAGAAAAAAAUCUGGUUAGAUACUGCUGAGGGAAUGACUGAGUCAUGAGGUAUAAAGCCACUUAAAUGGCACUGUGUGAUACAGUGGGAAGAGACUUGGGUAUUUCCUGCAUGCAGGUACUGAGUGUGAAGGUAGUUGAAGUUCAGCUGGUAUGUCAGCACUGACAGCUUUACUCCCUUUUGGAAAGAAUGGCUUAAGGUGUAACUUCUUUUCCAUAGCAGUUGUUUUCCAAAAUGCUUGGAAAAUAGAAGUAGAAAAAUAGUUACUGUUUUGCCUGACUUUUGUCUCCCCUUCCGCUCUUAAACAGUCUUAUGGAAAUGUAAGAAAGAAAUGAAAAGCAGCAGUUCUGGAUAAAACAUGCCACGAUAUUGCUGUUCAGUCCUCCGAAAUACUGCAGGCUAAUUGGGAUUCCAAAUGUACUUCUGUUCCAAUCAAAUCUCCCUUGCAUUUAGAUGUAGAUUGACUGUAGAUCUACUUUGUCUGGGAAGUCUGGCUGUGUUUUUUAACUAAUGUAAAUAAAACACCUUUGAUUACUGUA